UUGGAGCCACGGAUGUUGCUGUGAAGAAGUCGAGACGUUGAAGCGGAAGAUUCCUGAGGAUCUUGUCAUCGUGUCUUGUGCACCCCCACAUGGCAGUAAACCACUGACUUGAAGAUUAAACUAAGUACAUUCAGCUCCAGAACAUUGCCCUCGUAGAUGCCACUCAGUCUCCGUCUUUGCAAAUGGCUUGCUGCUUAAAGGACGAGCUCCUCUGUUCCAUCUGCCUCAGCAUCUACCAGGACCCCGUCAGUUUCGGCUGCGAGCACUACUUCUGCAGGAAGUGCAUCACUGAGCACUGGAGCAGGCAGGAGCUCCACGGAGCAAGGGACUGUCCUGAGUGCCGGAGGACCUUCGCCGAUCCUCAUCUCUCGCCCAGCCUCAAGUUGUCCAACAUUGUGGAGCGCUACUCAGCCUUCCCGCUGGACGCCAUCCUCAACGCUCAGAGGAGCUCAUACCCCUGCAAGGACCACGAGAAGGUCAAGCUCUUCUGCCUCACCGACAAAAGCCUGGUGUGCUUUUUCUGCGACGAGCCAGCGCUACACGAGCAGCACCAAGUCACCACUAUUGACGAGGCUUUUGAGGAGAUACAGAGGGAGAUGAAGGAGCAGCUGGCCACCCUGCAGGACAGUGAGAAGGGGCACACUGAGGCCCUGCAGCUCCUGCAAAGACAACUCACUGAGACCAAGUCCUCAGCCAAGAGUCUGCGCGCAACCAUCGGCGACGCAUUUGAACGCCUCCACCGCUUCCUGCGCGAGCGUCAGAAGAGCAUGCUGGAGGAGCUGGAGAUGGACACGGCUCGCAAGCUGGCCGACAUCGAGCACAAGAUCCAGCGCUACAGCCAGCAGCUGCGCGACGUCAAGGAGGGCAUCCAGAUCCUGCAGGAGCGCCUCAACGAGACGGGGCGACACGACUUCCUGGAGGGAGUCGCCGUCACAUCUGAGAGGUGCUUCACCUGCCCUGAGUUUGAUAGAGCAGUCCCAGUGUCAUCACUGCAGACCGAUAAGAACAAAAAUGUGGUUGUAAACACAUUCGCUCCAAGAAGGAUUAAAGGGAAGAUACAUGAGACCAAUCUGACGUAUGAAGAUUUCCCGACAUCAAAGUACAUGGGGCCCUUACAGUACACGAUAUGGAAGUCGCUUUUCCAAGAUAUCUCACCAGUGCCAGCAGCGUUGACCCUCGACCCGAUCACAGCCCACCAAAGACUGAUCCUCUCAGACGACUGUACCAUAGUGGCCUACGGGAACCUCCACCCGCAGCCCCUGCAGGACUCCCCGCGGCGCUUUGACGUUGAGGUAUCCGUUCUGGGCGCAGAGGGCUUCGUGUCGGGGGUGCACUACUGGGAGGUGAUGGUGUCGGAGAAGACCCAGUGGAUGAUCGGCGUGGCCCACGAGACAGUCAGCCGCAAGGGCAGCAUCCAGAUCCAGCCCAGCCGCGGCUUCUACUGCAUCGUCAUGCACGACGGCAACCAGUACAGCGCCUGCACCGAGCCGUGGACCCGCCUCAACGUCAAGAGCAAGCUGGAGAAGGUGGGGGUGUACCUGGACUACCACAAAGGCCUGCUCAUCUUCUACAAUGCAGACGACAUGUCCUGGCUCUACACCUACCGGGAGAAAUUCCCCGCCAAGGUCUUCCCCUACUUCAGCCCGGGCCAGAGCCACGCCAACGGCAAGAACGUGCAGCCGCUGCGCAUCAACACUGUGCGCCUCUAAGAGCUGACGCAUCUGUGGUCCUGAGAGAUCAUUCACAGGACUUGUGGAGGUUUCAAAAAGAUAUUCAGUUUUAAAAAGUGUUUAAUAAGGUGUUUGAAAUGUUUUUUUCUUUCAGUUCAGUUCAGAGUUGUGUUCGAUGUUGCUCUUAAAGUCCUGCGCUGUUAUUUUUGUGUCACUUGA